UGAGGUCGACUCUGUGUUCUUUUAUGGUCUCUGGAGAUGUUUGCACUCUGAAACUCUCCUCAUCUUUGAGAUGAACUGGUGGUGGGGUUGGACAGAGGGAAGCCUGGGCCCCAUGUGCCCGGCUUCUAGGUUCUCCUAUCAGCAUGCAGAGCAAACGCCAGAAUGCGACGUCAGUCUAUGCAAGACUUUAAGAUUAAGAGUCUGUUUAAAGGUCUGGCCAUGUUCUAUUUCAUCUAGUUGAAGACAGGCUGAUUAGGCAUUAGAUGCUGACUUUUUAAUGGUGGAAGGGGUAUGUUUUCAACUUGAAAUGAUAGGAAAGACACUCACGGAUGUAGAUACAGUGUAUUGUAACUCUCAUUUCUAUGAUUUGUUAUGAACAGAACAACUUAAAAAUAUGUAUAAUUUGAUGUGCUGUUUGGUGUGCUGUUCAUAUAUGCUGUUGUCUCGAUUAUACUGUUGUUGUUGUCUGAAGUGUAAUUAAGCUUCUCCUUCACUCCUCGUGACACUGGUCAGCACACUGUAAUAAGGCUGGCAUAGACGACAGUGGGGUUGCACUCUGACAUGAAAACAAACACCACAUCCUGUUCAGAUGGAGAUUAGCACAGAUGGAGCUAGCAGCCUCCAAAAUUAUAGGAUCAAAGUUGUGAAGCCAACAAGAGAAGAGAGCACUCCUGUGAAAUCACAAUUCAUAUUAUGACUUCAUAACCAUGUAUCCAAUGAUUCCAAUCCAUGGAAUGUUUCUCAAAAAGCUUUCGUGACUUUAGGCUUCUCAUUAUCGCAAGGGACUCCGGUUCCUCAUCUUCCUGUGUGAUGUUCAUCUGUAUUAAACAUGGAGGUAAGGCCAAAGUUAUAAAAUGCAUUCCGCUAGUGUCACAUUUGAUGUUUGCAGUGUUAGAAACUGUAUUUCACACAAUUUCUUUAUUCUCAUCCUAUCUCCUCACAGACAAUGAGCAGUUUCUGGCCAACACCAACUGCCCUGUGGUUCUCCUGCUGCAGUACUUGAGAGCUAAGAUGGGCCUGCCGGAGACAGAGCUGGUGGAUCUGUGUGAUGACCGUGGGGCUCUGAAGCUUCUCUUUCUGUCCCAGCAGCCUCAGGAGUGUGCCAGCCGACUACUUCCUCCCCGCUGCUCCCUCACAUUCUGCAUUGUUAAUCGAAACCCAAAGGAUGGUGCCUAUAUUUCCAUCACCCCCUUAGUGGCCAACCCAGACCCUGCAUUUCUGGAGACUCUGCAGACUCAGACUGACAGCCUGGAGAGGGCUCGUCUCAGACAGCUCCGCUCUCAGGAGGACCGCAGAGCCACGGAGGCGCCCUCUCAGACCCAACCCACACAAACCGCUAAGGGCCGGGGCCGUGCGGUACAUAUGGACACCCCUGAUGAUGAACCCUCCAAUCGCCGGACUGGAGGCAGGAGGAGCAGGAACUGAAAGAACCUGUCAAUUUUACAAUAAUUGAUGUGCAUAUAAAAUUUGAAAUGUAAUAAAGUGGACACUGAAUCUA